AGUAGCGCGUUCCACCAUCGGGAAACCACGGAUGAGCAUAGCUUGCUGUGAGUGCGGACAUUCGGACAGACGGCAUUCAUUGGAGAAGCACAGCGGUUGGGUGGUGGCAUAUGCCUUUAAGAGAGCAGGAUGAGGCUUAACAUUCAAGCUACAUUGCCAAGGAGAGCUUAGGUAACAAUAGAUACUACUAGGAUGUAGGAUGGAGAAGGAUGUAAAGAAGGGAGGAAAGGAAAUUCAUGGAGGUUUGGAAAAUCACUGCAAACCAAAAAAUAACUCACAAGUGUCUCACAGCAUCUGUCUCCUGACUCCUUACAGAUAAUUGGUUUUGUAUUGUCAGAUUGUAUGUAAUGUUCUAGCUGUGAAAAGAAAAGGAAACACGUACGUUUUCAGAUUUGUUCACCAAUGGCAGAUGUCAUAUUCAUAUAUCUGAUCUAACCAUCCUGACUAAGGUUGUCGAAUUCAUUUAUUUUAAUGUGUUUUAGACUUUAUCAUGAUGUCUGAACAUUAUGAUGUUAAGAGAGGGAAUGGUCAUGCAGGCCACUAAUUAUGUAUUUAUUAUUCAGCAAUGCAGGUUUCUUUCAAUUAAUGGCACAUCUCCACUGCAGAAGUUCAUUUGGGUGGGGUUUUCUUCUUGAUGUUUGCCAGGUGAAGUGAAGGCAGCUGCUGCGAUUAAGAACCAUCCUCCCUGCGUCUGGUGCGGUUCAGUACGGUUCUCUGUUCCGGUUCCUUUGCCCAGACACUCUCCCACAUGGCUUCGUCGCUGCUGAGCCGUCAACUGGCCUUGUCCCUGCAACAAAAUCUGCGCCUCAGUGCACCAGGCUGCAGAUAUGUCAGCAAAACAGCCGCAAAGUCAGUGGUGGACUUUGAGUACGAUGCUCCCUCAAUGAAGACUGAAGUCCCAGGGCCAAGGUCCAAGGAACUGCUGAAACAGCUGGGAGAGAUUCAGAAUGUUGGGGCGGUCCACUUUUUCUGCAACUAUGAUGAGAGCCGCGGGAACUACCUGGUGGACGUGGACGGGAACCGCAUGCUGGACGUCUACACCCAGAUCUCCUCCAUCCCCAUUGGUUACAAUCAUCCUGCUCUCAUGAAAGUCAUGGCUAACCCACACAAUUUGAGUUCAUUUAUCAACCGGCCAGCUCUUGGUAUCCUGCCACCUGAGAACUUUGCAGAGAAACUGAAUGAGAGUCUUCUGUCCGUUGCUCCCAGUGGUAUGUCCCGUGUGCAGACGAUGGCGUGUGGCUCCUGCUCCAAUGAGAAUGCCUACAAGGCCAUGUUCAUCUGGUACAGGAACAAAGAGAGAGGACACAACAUCCCAUCUGAUGAGGAGGUGACGUCCUGCAUGGUCAAUCAGAGCCCAGGCUGUCCAGAUUUGAGUAUCCUCUCCUUUAUGGGAGGAUUUCAUGGGAGAACUCUGGGUUGCCUUGCUACCACACACUCCAAAGCCAUUCACAAGCUGGACAUUCCGUCCUUCGACUGGCCCAUUGCACCCUUCCCGAAACUGAAAUACCCGCUGGAUGAGUUUGUCCGGGAGAACGCCCAGGAGGAAGCUCGCUGUUUGGAGGAGGUGGAGGACCUGAUUGAGAAGUGGAAAAAGAAGGGUAAGCCAGUGGCUGGCAUUGUGAUCGAGCCCAUCCAGGCGGAGGGGGGGGACAACCACGCCUCUGCCGACUUCUUUAUCAAGCUGAGGAACAUUGCGACCAAGCAUGGCGCUGCCUUUCAUGUGGAUGAGGUUCAGACAGGCGGUGGAGCCACGGGGAAGUUUUGGGCCCACGAGCACUGGGGCAUGGACGACCCUGCUGAAAUUGUCUCCUUCAGCAAGAAGAUGCUCACGGGAGGCUACUACCACAAAGACGAACUGCAGGCCGACAAGGCCUACAGAAUCUUCAACACGUGGAUGGGAGACCCUUCCAAGAACCUGUUCCUGGCUGAGGUUCUCAAUGUGAUCCAGCGGGAGAGCCUCCUGGAGGAGGUGACGCGCUCGGGGAAGACCCUGCUCCAGGGACUCUAUGCACUGCAGGCCCAGUACCCUCACCUCUUGAGCAGUGCUCGUGGUCAGGGCACCUUCUGUGCCAUCGACAUCCGAGAUGACCCUACUCGCAACAGCUUGAUCAUGAAAGCCAGGAACAAGGGUGUUCUUCUCGGUGGCUGCGGUGAGCGGUCGAUCCGUUUCCGCCCGGCGCUAGUCUUCAAGGAGUACCACGUGCACCAGUUCCUCAACAUCUUUAACGACGUGUUGCAGGAUUACAAAUAAGCAUGUUUGGCCUCGGGGGG